AGCAGAGCAGCCUUGUCCAGGCACGUUCUGACUGUACACGUGCUACCCUGAGUACUACCAGAGAAGAAAAUGACAGCAGGACCGGUUUCAUUUGUUGAUGCUGGCAGAGAUGUCAAAAAUGAAUAGUGCGGCCUCGUGGGGGCUUUUCAGCAACUAUCGGUAUCUGUGUAAGAAGUCCAUGAUGCUUCACGCCAUGGAGAGCGCCAGAGUCAGGAAGAAAUGCCAGCAGAAGGUCAUUAUUGCCAAUGUGAAGAGGAAAACAAUAGAUAACCACAAUGAACCACUGGAUACAGAUAAACUGGUGAAAAAAACAAAAUCGAGCCACGCAAACACUCUGAACCCUGAAAACAAAAGCACUAACGUGUCUAAACCUGGACUCUCUGAGCUGAAAGCCUCUGAGCGACACAGUUUGCUUGCGGCUCUCAGAGACAGCUGGGAGGUGGACAGUGGUUUCUCCUCUGAGACAAGUCCCCCGGCCAGCGGUCGGAGCUCACCGUGUCUCAGCUCGUGCCCGACCACGGUGGUGGCGUUGGACUGUGAGAUGGUUGGGACGGGGCCUGGCGGGUGCCGCAGCGAGCUGGCCCGCUGCAGCAUCCUGGACUAUCAUGGCAACGUAUUGUAUGAUAAAUAUGUGCAACCGUGUCAGCCCGUCACAGACUACAGGACUCGCUGGAGCGGCAUCAGGAGGCAUCACCUGGACAACGCCGUCCCCUUUGCUCAGGCCAGGGAGGAGAUCCUCAGUAUACUUGAGGGCAAAGUGGUUGUCGGUCACUCCGUCUACAACGACUUUGAAGUGUUGGACAUGCUCCAUCCGGGUCACAUGGUCAGGGACACAUGCACAACGCGCCACCUCAGCCGGUUGGCCGGUUUCCCCCGUGAACGCUGCCUCUCCCUUAAAAUUUUGGCCAGUAAGCUGCUGAACAGAAGGAUACAGGUGGGGAGGAGGGGUCACUGUUCCGUCGAGGACGCUCUGGCCGCCCUCGAUCUGUACAAGCUGGUGGAGGGCGAGUGGGAGCAGGAGCUGCAGAACAAGCUGAGGGCCGACGACGCUCCGCGUGAGCCGAGCUUCGCCUCCUCAAACCACUACAUGCACGACGAGUACUGGCCGGAUGAUGUCACAGCUGACAGCCAAUGAGAGGAAAGUAUUUAUGACCUAAGUAAAAUACCUCAGAAGAUUACAUUACAUGGUGAUUCAGAGUCAUCAGAGCAGAUUCAGAUAAAAAAAAAAAUGUGAAAAAAGCAACCAGAGAGUGAAUUAAGUCUGAAUGAAAAGUAAUGCAAGUAAAAGAAAAUGGGUCAUUUUUGGAGAAAACUAUUUUUUUUUCCGAAAUGAAAACGUUAACUUAUUACUU